UCUGAUUUGAAGAAACGGGGAGGCGGUCGGCGGCGGAGCUCGCGGACAGCGGCAGAGAAAAAUAAAUAAAGGUGAAGGUAUUACCACUCCUCCGGUUAUUUUCUAUCGCAGUCACGGUUUGUGUGUAUCCACGACUGACCAGCGCGAGCCUCGUUUUUCUUGCGAGGAGGCAAGGUGGGAGAAAUUAAAGGUGUGCUUACGACUUUUUUUCACCAUCACCUGCAGUUAACUGACUGUGAAGUUAAACUGUUUCUGUUGGGUCUCUCUGCUGCAUCCCUCAGUGGUUGAGUCCCAGUUUCCCAGUUUGGACAAACAGAGUUCUCUCCUUGCAGAAAUCCAUUGCAAAUGGCUCGCUAAAGACUUCAGCUGGGAGAAUUCACUGUCAACUCAUUAAGUUCUUCAGGCCUUAGCUCUUUAAAGAACCAGAUGUGAAACUGUCUCAUUUUCCUCAGUGGGCAUCAUGUUGUCCCAAAUCUAAAUUGAUCAGCAUCCUAUUUUCACCUUCUCCUCCCAUCUCCCCUCCCUGCACCCUUUCCCAUCUUCAUCAUGACGAGCCUGAAGCGCUCUCAGACUGAGCGCUCGGUUGGGGGCUCGGUGCCCGCUUCCGACGAGUUCUAUACCCGUCGCCUUCGAUUGCCCAACGGAGGGGCACCACCACCACGCAGUGAGAGCGCACACAUCUCCUCUUCCUCAACCACUGGUACCAACCCUGGGGUCCCUAAGAUGGGGGUUCGAGCCCGGGUGGCUGACUGGCCCCCAAGGAAAGAUGGAGGAGGAGGGGGUGUUUGGCAUAUCACAGUGGAAACUGAUUCACCCAGCUCUACGAACACCACCAGCUCUUCAGGAUCAGGGAGUGGAGACAGGGAAAGACUUCUAGGAGGGGGGGGAGGACUGAGUAGUGGUGGCGGCAGUGGAGGAGGACGAGAAGGAGGAGGACGAGAAGGAGGAGGACGAGAAAGAGGUGAAGUGUCAGCUGUCACAGCCCAUAGCAACCUCUCAGCCAAGUUGGGUCACCUGAUAAGCCCACAGGACUCCUCCAUGCUGCGCAACAUCCAGAACACACUGAAGAACAAGAUGCAAAGCAAAGGGAAGGACAAUCGCUUCCUGUCACCAGAUGGUUAUCUAGGUUCACCUCGCAAAGGUAUGAGACGCAUCCGCCAGCGCAGUAACAGUGAUAUCACUAUCAGUGAGCUGGAUGGGGAGGGUAAUGAAGGCUGGUCUUUUUCUGGAUGGACACCCAUGCAUCGCGAGUAUGGCAGCACGUCGUCCAUUGACAAACACGGCGUGUCUGGAGAAAGCUUCUUCGACAUGCUCAAGGGAUACCAGUCGUCGGAGGCGCCUGAUCAGCGAAGCCCUGCUCCGGAGAGACUAACAGAGCUUCUAACUGUGGCCCCUGUAAAACAGGCUGCCUUGGACCUGCCAGAUGGACCCUUGGGUCCAGCACGAGGUAGUCCCGCCAGUCGUUUGAAGGAACGAGAGAAGCACUUAAAGAGAAGAUCAAAGUCAGAAACAGGUGGAGAGUCUAUAUUCCGAAAGCUGCGAAGUGUGAAGGUGGAGGGUGACACAUCAAGGGCUGGCUCAGAUGUUGAAGACGGUGGGAAAGGAGAUGAAAGUGGCCCAUCUCCCAAACCCUGGGUGUGCCAAAAAGGCUUUGCCCAUUUUGAUGUCCAGUCUUUACUGUUUGACCUCAAUGAGGUGAUCCAGAACCGGCAAUCUGGGGCCAAGCGCAAAAACACCACAACCGGUGCCUCGGCUGCUGCUGCUGCAUCCGCCUCUGCCACAUCCUCCCUUUCCUCCAAUCAGAGUGGGACGUAUGGGUCCCCCUGUGGCUCACAGGAGGAGUUGAGCAAGGAGGGUACUGGUGCCAACCCUGCACUAGACCCUGGUGAUGACAAGAGCAAUGAUUUAGUUCUCAGCUGCCCUUGUUUUAGAAAUGAGAUUGGUGGAGAGGGUGAGAGGAACAUCUCGCCUGCUAAACAACAGGGCAGCAUAGGGAGUGGUGGCAGCUCUGGUAGUUCUUCUGGCAGCACAGAGGAAGGACCUCUGGAAGUUACUCUCAUGACUCAUUUUACUAAUGCUGGUGUGGCAGUGCUGGAGGCUCCUAAAGAUGGUCCCAGCCAACAUGCUGACCGCUCUAAGAGAUACAUUAUGGAACAUGUUGACCUCGGUGCCUAUUACUACAGAAAAUAUUUCUAUCUUAGAGAGCACUGGAAUUAUCUGGGAGUGGAUGAGAAUCUGGGCCCAUUGGCUGUGAGCCUGAGGAGGGAGAAGUUAGAGGAACACAAAGAACAUGGUCAGCAGUACAAUUACAGGGUCAUCUUCAGAACAAGUGAGCUUAGUACCCUGCGUGGCUCCAUCCUUGAAGAUGCGGUGCCGUCUACAUCCAAGCAUGGUCUUGCUCGAGGCCUGCCCCUCAAAGAAGUGCUGGAAUACCUCAUUCCUGAGCUCAAUGUUCACUGCUUGCGCCUGGCGCUCAACACACCUAAGGUUACUGAUCAGCUGAUGAAACUGGACGAGCAGGGGCUGAGCUUCCAGCGGAAGGUCGGGGUGAUGUACUGCAUGGCAGGCCAGAGCAGCGAGGAGGAGAUGUACAAUAAUGAAGCAGCUGGGCCCGCCCUGGAAGAGUUCCUCCAUCUGCUGGGCGAGAGAGUUAGACUCAAAGGCUUCAACAAAUACAGAGCUCAACUUGACACGAAAACUGACUCAACAGGCACUCACUCCUUGUACACAACCUAUAAGGAUUAUGAGAUCAUGUUCCAUGUGUCAACAAUGUUGCCCUACACACCCAACAACAAGCAACAGUUGCUGCGGAAGCGCCAUAUUGGGAAUGAUAUCAUCACAAUUGUGUUCCAGGAACCUGGGGCACUUCCUUUCACCCCCAAAAACAUUCGCUCACACUUCCAGCACGUCUUUGUGAUCGUACAGGCUCACAACCCUUGUUCUGACAACUGCUCCUACAGUGUGGCAGUCACUCGCUCUAAAGAUGUGCCCUCUUUUGGCCCACCUAUCCCAGAGGGUGUGACAUUUCCCAAGUCGUCUGUGUUCCGGGACUUCCUGCUGGCCAAGGUCAUCAAUGCAGAAAACGCUGCCCACAAGUCACACAAGUUUCGCGCCAUGGCCACUCGAACACGCCAGGAGUACCUGCGUGACCUGGCUGAGCGCCACACCACGAGCACGUCUAUCGAUCCCUCUGGAAAGUUUCCUUUCAUUUCAUUGGCUCAUAAAAAGAAGGAGAAGACUCGGGCGUAUGAAGGAGCAGAGCUGCGCAGUCUUGGUGCCGUGACCUGGCAGGUUUAUGCAGAGGAUCAUGGGAACGGAGGGGAAAUUGAGGCUUUACUGGCCCUUUCCAAUGACUUUCUCAUCCUGUUGGACCAGGAGGCCAAGGCUGUGGUGUUCAACUGUGCCACUAAGGAUGUGAUUGGCUGGACACUUAGCAGUCCUGCAUCUUUAAAGAUUUUCUACGAGCGUGGAGAAAGUGUGUCCCUGAGGAGUAUCAGUAAUAACACUGAGGAUUUUAAAGAAGUGGUCAAACGACUUGAGUUUCUUACUAAAGGUUGUGAGACAUCGGAGAUGACGCUUCGUCGAAACGGCUUGGGACAGCUCGGCUUCCAUGUGAACUAUGAAGGCAUUGUUGCUGAGGUUGAGCCUUAUGGCUACGCCUGGCAGGCCGGGCUGCGUCAGGGAAGCCGUUUGGUAGAAAUCUGCAAAGUCGCUGUAGCAACUCUGACCCACGAGCAGAUGAUCGACCUCCUGCGGAACUCCGUGACGGUCCGAGUCGUCAUCAUUCCACCGCACGACGACGCCACUCCACGCAGAGGCUGCUCAGAGCUCUAUCGAGUGCCUGUGUCGGAGUACAAGGGCAGCAGCAGUGACAGCGGCUCCUUCGAGUACAAGUUCCCCUUCCGCAGCAACAAUAACAAGUGGCAGAGGACGUCGAGCAGCCCUCAGCAGUCACUGACUGCCUCUCCACAGCCCCACACACCCAACAGAGCCAUCAGCCUGGGGAGCUCAGUGGGGAAGACCCUGUCUGCUGAGAGGCUGGAGAGAGGCGCUGCCAUCCCACGCAGCGUCAGCAGUGAUGGCCGACCUCUGGACUCUAAGAGGAUGUCUCCAGGCAGUGAGAGCUACAGCCUGGCCUCCUCUCUGGCUUUAGGUCGCUCCCCUCACAACCGCAGCUCUCCCAGCAACCUGUCAUGUUCCACAGAAGCCUCUGGAAGCUCUGCUCACUGGAGACAGAAGUCCAUGCCUGAACAGUUUGCAAGCAGCCGUCACUCUCCCAUGUCUUCGGAGAGGCGGGAGGUGGUGGGAGACGGUGGCUCCAGUGGGAAGUCCACUCCCAACUGGUCGAGAAUGGAGGAAGGCAGCGGCAGCGAGCGAGGGUCAACAGAGACCCCCGUCUCCAAGUCGGGUCAGGGCUACUCAGGAGCUCCCCGCAUCCAGAGGCAAGAGCAAGUCAUCCAUAUCUCCCCGAAGAAGGGCAGCCAGUCAGAUGGCCCUUACUCAGGUCACUCCAGCAGUAAUACUCUGUCCAGCACAGCUUCCAGCGGCGGCCACAGUGACAGCGACAAAUGGUAUGAUUUAGGGGCAGGCGGGGGCUCCAGCGGCGAUCAGGGCGAUUCAGAACCCAAUGGUCUGGGAGGCGGAGGAUACCUCCAGGGCGCCUCCGCCGACAGCGGCAUCGACACCGGCUCGUACGGAGCGCAGCAUCACGCCCACCCCCACUCCCAUCACGGCAGCACCACGUCGCUGCUGGCACCCAGCGGGAGCAGGGAAAGCAGGGAGCGGACCGGAUCCCCGUGGCACAGUCCCACCGAAGGAGGACGCAGGAUGCUUGAGAGGUCUCCCGCUGCCGCCGAGUCCUCGGGUCCCCCGGCAGAAAGAAACCUGGAAGGUCGAAGCCCCCCAACUCAUCUCCUGGUUAGAGACAGCAGCACUUACAGUUUGAGUGAGGGCGGGUCACACUCAAGGCACUCUGGCCACAGCUCUCCCAGAGAAGAGUCAUCAUCUUCAGCCACCUCCCCUUCGUCUCAGACCUCAGGACCCAAGAGCUUCUACCCACGUCAGGGAGCUCAGUCCAAGUAUCUGAUCGGCUGGAGGAAACCCGGCUCCACCAUCAAUUCAGUGGAUUUCGGAGACACGCGGAAGAAAUCUCCUGGAGAAAGUGGAGGAGAGCUGGUUCCGACCCCCGCAGCAAGACCUUCUCUCAGAGACAUGCACUCCCCUCAGCAGCAUGCUAAAUCCACCAUAGAAGAAGACAUAAAGAGGCACGGUGCUCAUGAUACCCCGCCACCACCAAGGAAACACAAGGAAAAGCACGGUCAGAAGUCCCCGCCGGGCCCGCCCCUCAGCCGCCGCCGCUCGCUCCAUCGCACCCUCUCAGACGAGAGCAUCUAUCGGGGCCAGAGGCUCCCCUCGCUGAGCGACUCGGUGACUGAACCCGCUCUCAGCCCCGACGUCCUGUUCAGCUGCUCCACCCUGCCUCGCUCCCCCACCACCCGUGGCGUCCCCCUCAGACGGCCGUCAUACAAGCUCGGAGUCAAACUUCACGGUGACCUUUCAGCAUCUGACACCUCAUUGGUGGAUUUGGUGGAGCGUCACAGGGGACCACUCCCUCAGGAGCUGAUGCCCCUCCCAUCUUCAGAGAGGGACAGUCCUCUGGAGUGGACGCACCUGGUGGAUGUGGCCAGUACCUUUGAGAACGAGAGAAACACACACUACAUUCAGAGAAGUUACGUGUUCGGGGAUUCAAACCAUCGAAGCAGCGGUGCAUCCAGUCCUCAGCAGUCCCACAUGGAGCUGCAGCCCGCUCCUCUGUCCCGGCCCUCGUCAAGUGAGGGCCACAUAGGGCUGGAGAGGAAGGUGACUAAACUAGAAGCCAUGGUGAAGAUGCUGCAGGAGGACCUGAAGAAGGAGCGAGAAGAAAAGCUGCGGCUUCAGGCUCAGAUCAAGAGGCUCUGGGAGGACAACCAGAGACUGCAGGAGGAGUCCCAGACCUCUGCUGCCAAGCUCAAGAAGUUCACUGAGUGGGUCUUCAACACCAUCGACAUGAACUGACCUCCCACUCACACACACAUACACACACACACACACAAAACUCAUCAGCACACAGUCUGGGCGAAGAGGCGGUGGGAGGGGGGGUUGAGCUGAGACUUCAGGAUGUUAAACCUUUUCCACGACCCUCCACUGGCCCCGGACAUGAGUUGGAAAUAUUACUACCAUCCAUUUGAAGGUGGAAUUUAGACUAUGAAGGACUCAUUUCUACUCACCAACUCCCCUCCUAUGUUCCAAAAUGAAGGAUCAGUUCUUCGUUCCUGCCGCCUCUGCUCAGCAGAGGUGCUUCUCUUCAAACACCUGACCUUCUACGGUUCGAUUUCUGCCUUUUUUUUUCUUCCCGCGACUUUGAAACGACGUCCAGCUGCUCUGAAAGGGGACAAAAGUCUUUUGUGCCAAAUCAAAGCCGCCUCAGCGUGGUGUCACUCAGGCAUCCCGGGGAUACCACACACACACACGCACACACACACACAGGUACGCAACAGACCUGCUUGUCUAGCAGUCAAGCGUUUGUUGGAGCACAAACCAGUCAAGAUAUAUAUAAAAACAAAGCCACAUCACCUUCAUGUAAAUGAAUGAAACUAAAUUAGCUCCUGUGUUUUUUAGACUGUUUAAAGGAACUGGACAUCCAGCCUCACCUGUUUUCCUCCUCUAUAAUCUGGAUUACAUCUUUUCUGGCUCAAAGCGAACGAGGAGCGUAUUUAAAAGCCAUCGGCAAGCAGUGCCAUAAAACAAUCCGGUUCUUUGGUCCGUCUCGGUUUUUAAAGCAAUAGAAAGAAGUCAGGACUCCUGGCUUUCCCUCGGAACAGGGAGAGUUAUCUCUGAGAAGAAACUGGGAGUGGAAAAAGAUAAUCUGGAGGGUACACCAAUCUGCUGCACUAGAGCCUUCCACCUUCUCCACUGAACAUCAGGCUCAGGGGGGACGAAGGAAAAUAAGGACUCGUCAUCAUCAUCAUCAUCACACUGCCUGGAGUACAGACAGAGACGGCUGAUAAUAAACCACAAGGACAAUUUUAGGUGGUCUUUUUACUCCCAGGUUUAUUUAUUUCCUUGUAUUAUAUUUCCAAUAAAUGAGUUGUUCUAUUCGUACAGUACAACUGACAGUGUUUAGUUCUUUAAGGCUAAUGGUCACUAGCGAUAUCAUUUACCUGGCUUUCUUUCUUAAUUCUACCUAAAGCCUGACUAAUAUGCUUUUUAUUCUGUAUUUUGUUGUAUUUCGUGGUGCCCGAGCCUGCUGUCGUGUUGCUUACAGUGCCCUCUAGUGGUGACCAGUGGAAGUGUCAUGCUUUGUAACUGUGCUGCCUGUCGGUCUGUAUUUUAUCCCCAUUAUCAGCCGCGAGGCCACACAAACAUUCAGAACAGCAGCGAGAAUCAGGAGCCAGCUUUUUUUAGAGACAAUCAAAGGUAGGUUUUUAAUAAAAUAAUAAGAGGAGCAGACGUAGUCGGCAUGUGUGUGUGUGGAUGUUGUUUGUACAGAACAUCUACAGUUUUCCUCAGGUUCGGUUUUUAGGAUAAAAAAGAGAUAGUUAGAAAGUUGAGAAGAAAAUUGCACAUUAUAAUAAAUUAGAGAAGUAGAGAGAGCUGCAGUGCGUGCCAAAUCCGUGACCAAGUGUUGUCAUAGUGUGAAUGUACAUUAGUGUCUCCAGCCGUGCCUACAGUCACAUGUUUUGGUGGUUUCCUGGCAGGCAGAGCAGGGCCGUGCCUUUGAAACAGCACCCAGGAGCAGAGAAGAGGAAGAGCAUCUUCAUCUUCACCCUGAGAGAUGAGCACACCUGUUACAGCGCCGCACACCUGUUCUUAGGCAGUUUCAAACAUUGGUUUACUGUGAAGCAACGGCUUCAUGCGUUUAGUGGGAAACGUGGGGAAACGGUGUGUGUGAAGUGUUUGGAUAUGUGUGCCUUUGCAUUAACCACAUGAGUGUUUUUUAGAUCCCUGUCAGUUCUUUACAAAUUAUUUUUCUAUUCAAGUGUUUCCCCCAAGACAACAAGCAGGUUUCUACUGAUUCAAAAGUCACAGAAUGUUUGGAUUCUAAUGGAGGACAUGUUUCUGACCCGUACGGUUCUUUUAAAAGCUUAAAGCUGCUCAUUGCAACGCCCCUAAAGACCAGUGGAAAACUCACAGAAAAAAAUAAACUAUUUUUAUUCUCAUGUGUCCUCAAACUACAAAUCAUAGAACCAACCAGAAAAACUGUUUAAGAUGAAGAAAUUAGAAUUUUAUCUGGAACUGAAUAAUCUUUAUGUUGUUUGCAGUGAGUACCUUUUAUAGUUUGUGUUUAAAUCCCUGCUGCAUAUUUCACUAAUCAGCCCCAAGAAACGUGAAUGUAAAGUGAAAACAAGCUGAUGUUUGCUGCUUUUUUUUCCCCUCACUAAUCUCUGCUGUUUUGCAGAGAUGUGUUUUGGACUUAUGGUUCUGUUUUAGGAAUCUUUUCUUAUUUUAUUUUUUUGCUUGUUUGGGUUGGUUACACCUGCAGACAGUUUCCAAAAUAUGAAAAACUGAAUAUAUUUACAGAAGAUGAGUCAUCCAGGAUUAGAUUUAACUCUUUCAUUUGGUUGCCUUGAACACAACAAUGCUUAAAUUGAAGUUUUAAGUCCACUGAAGGCACCAUUUUAUAUAUUAAAAAAAGGUUUGUUUUUCUCAUGGAAGUCUGACUGAAAGGGCACUGCAGAUAUUAAAGUGUCAUAAAGCAUUUUAUUUUAAAUUUGUGAAUAUUGUAUUCAUUUCCAGUUCAUUUAGCUGCUUUUUGUUUUGUUUUGACAGAAAAAUAUCAAAAAUGUGAAUGUUAAGAUGUUCAAAAAAUUCUUUUUUUUUUUUUUGUAAAAAAAAUUGUUCUUGAGAUAUUUUGCACAGUGUUCAGUAUAACAGUAUGCUAGUUUUGGAUAUGAGAAGGGUGGUUUUUAGUCCUGUGCAAUCCUGUUUAGAUGUUUCCCUGCCAGGAUCUAAUUCACUCCAUAAAAAGCCUGACUUCUCGUCAGGCGUCACUCAUCAGAUACGAAUCAAAAACUAGAGGAGCAGCUGGUGAGGUCAGCAGGAGAGCUCAGCUGUGUCCUGAUGUGUUGGCUUCUGACUGAACACAGAACUCACAGAGGACCAGUAGUGUUACAGGAUAGAAAAUACUGUUUACAUCCCAGAUUCACUGUCUUUGUAAGAUGUAUAAAAAACAGUAUUAAAGUUUCUGAAAUAAA